AUGGAGAGAACUCCUUCUGAGCUUCUCAAAGAUGAUUCCCUCUCCAUCUAUGAUAAGACACUAUAUAAGCUACAACUUGGUUAUCAUCGUGAUCUAAGUUUAAUUUCUGAUGAAUCUAUGAACAGUGAUACAAGUCCUUCAAUGGCUACCAAUAAAGCAUUAGUGACAAUGAAUGCUUGCAUAGACUCUUUUCCAAGCUCAAAGGAGGAACCACAUGAUAACAUGUCACUCUUCUUUGUUUUAUAUUAG